UGGGCAGCUUCCCCUCUCCCCUUCGCUGUGGGCGAGGAGGUGACGCUGCUCCUGGCGAGGCAGAAGCUGCAGGAAGAGCCGCGCUGGGAUGCUGGAGAUUCAGAGGAAGAUGAACCAACAAAGAAGAAAAACACUCUUCAGGGCCGCGGCGAGGGCUCCGCUUUGUCCGCGCUGCUUCCUCAGCCCAAGAACCUGGCAGUGAAGGAGACCAAUCGGUUACUUUUGCCCUACUCCAUCUCGAGGAAAGCAGGAGAAACCCCCUCUGACUCCAAAGCUAAAGCCCCGACCUCUUCCUCCAAGGCAAAACCUCUGUCCAAGCCCGCAGUGCCCACGACUCCUUCUCCAUCCGCUAUCAAAGCCGCUGCCAAGAGUGCGGCCCUGCAGGUAACCAAACAGAUCACGCAGGAAGAGGAGGACAGCGACGAAGAGGUCGAGCCAGAGAACUACUUCUCCUUGUCCGACAGGAGCGAGCCCAGCGCGGUGGGUGCUUACACCUACGUGUACUCUGGCGCCGCGGUGCCGGAGGACCCGCCGCCCGGCACGGAGCCGGAGCCCCACUUCCAGGACGCUGCUGCCAACGCGCCUCUGGAGUUCAAGACGGGCGCAGGCUCCAGCGGGGCUCAGCACAGUUGGGUGCCCAAGCCUGGAGAAGACUACAGCAACCAG